CCAGAUGUACGUAUUUAUGUUGUCUCUGUUUGGAGACACUUCUGCUUCUUCUCGUUCACUUUAAGAAGGACCGAAGCGAUUUGUUUCGUCACCAGUCAUCAGGCACCGCGCAGGUUCUCCCAGUCUCUGAGGUGGCACGGUGACCGCCAUGAUCAAGUACGGUGAGAGUCAAGUGAUGACGGUGAACCCAAUAUUCCGAAGCGAAUCUCUUGGGUACUGCUUGCCGGAGCAGAGCUACUCCAUGAUGGAGAAGAGGCAGCUAUUCCUCAGAAGCUAUCAGUUCUGUCGAAAGAAGAGCGUUGCAGAGAGAAUCAAAGGGUCAUUGGCGCGUGCGAAGAAAGCUGUGUGGCUGUGCUGGCUACGAUCCGCUCUGGGGCUGAGGAAGUUACUGUUUUCCAGGUUCAAAUGCGGCUUCCAUUACCGUCGCCGGAGGUUCUUCCGCCUCUUCAACGUCUAUCCCUGCCGCAGAAGCGACUCUUGCUUUUUCUAGACCAGUCCUUUUCAUCUUGUCUUCUUAGGUUUAAUUUGAUUCUUCAUACAGCUGCUUUCUCAUGAUUCUUCGUUUGUUCAUGUCUUCUCUCUCCCGUGGUUACCAGAAGAAAUUGAAUCAAUUCAGAAUUUUGAGUCUUGCGGCCCUAUGGUUAUGGGGAAAUUUCUUUUCUUUUUCUGUUUCUGAAUUGCCAGUUGUUUAG